UCCACUCUCUUCGAUAACCUUAGAAGAAAACAAAAUAGGUUCCAUUUUCAAGGAGUUGAGAAAAUUCAUUGGUACAUAUACAUAAAAUAAUACCCCAUCAAGAAAAAGUCAAAAAAGAUUCAAUUUUUAAUCAUCAACGAGCCACUGCCCACUGGUUAGGGUUUUUGUUGUUGUUGUUAAGCUCUUCUCCUCAAUUUCUGCUUCUGGGUACUGCUCAACUGGAGAUAAGAUUCAGUACUUCUCAAGCUCUGACUCUCAUGGUGGUUGUGCUGCUUUGAGGGCUUAUUUCAGUCCCGGUUCUGGCGUUCCAAGAGAAGAGUGUGCUGUGAAGUUUGUUUAAGAGAUUUCUGGGUCUUUUUUUUUUGGGUUUGCUUAGUCUGGAGGUGCUUUGUUUUGAUUUUUGUUGUAUUAAAAUCUCUGUUUCUGCCUUUUGUUUUUGUAAUUUGUUGGGUUUUUUUGUUUGUAGAGGUAUUUAACUAUUUUCUAUUGUAAAGCUCGCAAAUUUCUCGUUGAGUGUGCUGAUUAAUGGGAAGGAACCUAGUGAAGAGAAAGUUUGGAUUUUAAUUGGAGAAGAUACCGAUAUAGUUUAGGAUUUAAAGAUUUAGCUACUGGGUUUUGGUUGUUUUAGAGAAAGGUUGAUUUUGUUGGCAAUUAAGGUGGUGGUUCGUGGUGAUGAUUAUGGUGAUUCAUGGGUGGUAAAGCAGCAGAUAUUGGUGCAAAAAAUUAUAAUAAAGCUGUGACCGGCAUGCCGAGCUUCGUUCCUCCAGUGAUUCCCUCUUCAAAUCCCAUGUAUUGGAUUUGCCCUUCUUGGAUCAAAUCUGGUGCCAGUUCAGUCCCAGUGGGGAAGAUAGAUUUCAUAGGUCAUGUAAUUUUGUUAUGACAGGGAACUAUUCCAACGAUAUACAUUACUAACUGAGUAUGUACAAUGGUAGAGUUCAUUGUGUUGCUGAAGAAAACAAUAUCCGUUCCUCUAGAAUCUCAGAUUUUGCAACACUUGAGCAGUCUCUUGGAUUUCGGAUAGAAGAUGCUGCUGACCUUAGUAGAAAUCCUGUAUUUAAUCAACUAAAGUCAAGCAGUCAGGCAGGAAGUUCCAACGUUCAAUUUGGCGCUCUAAAUAAGCAUCUUGUACCCACAGAUAUGAACUUUUCUGCUGCCAUUGUGGGUUCCCAAACUUUAGCACCGCAGAAGGAAAUACAACCAAAUCUGGUUUCUAUGCCUGGCAGUCAUCAUGAGAACUGGGGAGAGUCCAAUAUGGCAAACGCAAGUCCUAGAAACGAUACCUCAACUGAUGAUACGGAUGAAAAAAUUCAAAGGGGUGAUAGGGGUCAGUCAACAGCUAUUCUGGCGUCCAAUUCAAGUGACAAAUCCAAAGAAAAAACAGGGGCUCAAAAGACAUUGCGUAGGCUGGCUCAAAAUCGCGAAGCUGCCCGAAAAAGUCGAUUAAGGAAAAAGGCAUAUGUACAACAACUAGAGAGCAGUCGACUGAAACUGUCCCAACUUGAGCAAGAGCUCCAGCGAGCUCGCCAGCAGGGUAUUUUCAUUUCAAGUUCUGAAGAUCAAUCACACUCAAUGAGUGGGAGUGGCGCCUUAGCAUUUGAUGUAGAAUAUGCUCGGUGGCUAGAAGAACACAACAGACAUAUCAGUGAGCUAAGGGCUGCUGUCAAUUCACAUGCGGGGGACACUGAACUUCGCAUUGUUGUUGACAAUGUCAUUACGCAUUUUGAUGAUGUUUUCAGGCUUAAAGGCAAUGCAGCAAAAGCGGAUGUCUUCCGCAUCUUGUCUGGAAUGUGGAAGACACCAGCAGAGCGGUGUUUCAUGUGGAUUGGUGGCUUCCGCUCAUCUGAGCUCCUCAAGCUCCUUAUUACUCAAUUAGAGCCUCUCACUGAACAACAGUCGAUGGCCAUCUACCACUUGCAGCAAUCAUCCCAACAGGCUGAAGAUGCUCUGUCACAAGGGAUGGAGGCUUUGCAGCAAUCUCUGGCUGAGACAUUGGCCAAUGGCUCACCUGGAUCUUCAUCUGGGAACGUGGCAAACUACAUGGGUCAAAUGGCUAUGGCCAUGGGGAAGCUUGGAACUCUUGAGGGGUUCGUUCGUCAGGCCGACAAUCUACGUCAACAGACAUUACAACAAAUGCAUCGUAUAUUGACAACCCGGCAAUCAGCCCGUGCCCUUCUCGCAAUAAACGACUAUUUCUCAAGACUCCGAGCCCUCAGCUCUCUCUGGCUGGCUAGACCUCAUGAGCAGCUGUAGAUUGUAUGAGAUUGUCUUGAAAAGCAUGAUCACCUGAACUGAUAGGAACUAUACAUGUAACCCCCCAUAAGUUCCUCCUCUGAAGUCCUCACCGGCCGGCCACCUUAAUGUAAUUAUAGACUUUCCAUCUUGUAAAAUUACAUGUAUCUCUUCUAGGGUGCUUGUAUGCUAAUCUUCUAGUCUUGUAAAAAAUUAUUUUGGUCAGGUUUGAUGUUUGUUCUCUAAAGAAUUGUAGAAGUGAUGGUAGUUUUUAGGGUACAUCUAUUAUCUUGUAUAAUGUACACACAAUUGUUUUUUUUUUUUUUUUAAUACAGAGAAGGGAGGCUCGAACUCGAGACCUUUAUGAGAGAUAUCAAACA